AUGGAGGAUUUUCCUAAUGUUUCGGCCUAUUGUCAGCGUCUGAAACAUAUCUCUGAUCAGUUGAGGAAUGUUGGUGCCCCCGUUAGUGACCAUCGUCUUGUUCUCCAGUUGGUCUCUGGUCUCACUGAGCCUUUCCGUGGUGUUGCCACUCUGAUCCGUCUGAGUGAGCCUUUGCCUCAUUUCCUCAAGGUCCGCUCCAUGCUGAUUCUCGAGGAAUCCGGUCUCGCAAAGAUGUCAGGCCCUGCCUCUCAGACUGCUUUGCACACUUCAGCUUCCCAUCCACGGGACUCUGAUGACUCUUCUCAGUAG